GGCCGUCAAUUUUGAUUUCAUUCCUUUUUUUUUGGCCGCACCUUUUUUCACACCUGAGGUGUUUUUGAUUAGAUAAGUUUUAACGAUAAAGAAGGGUUUUAAUAUUUCAAUCGACAUUCAACAAUCUAACAAUGUAUUUAAAUUGUAAAAUUAAUAGUGGUUACUUAUGCAUAUGCAUAUCAAUCUCCGUGAAUUGACAUAUUAUAUAUUUAUAGUUGAACAGAAAAACAAACAAAAAGUGAAUGAAUAUGAAAAUGUGGAAAUGUUGUGCGAAAUAUGUGUCAGGGUAUUUGUUGAUUGUGGGAUUUUUCAGUUUUAUUAAUAAGUAUUUUCUUAUUUUUCUUCUGUUAAUGUUUUAGUACGGUGAUAUCCUUUUCAUAAAAACUGUGGUUGUUUUUUUUUUCUAUGUUCACGGACUUGAAAAGGGGAUUUUGGUGUUCUUUUAAUCUGAUGUUCAAGUUACAUUCUGUUUCACCUAUGAAAAAGGCUGGGCAACUGUUACACUUUAUCUUGUAAAUGUUUCCUGGUGUGGUUGGAUAUAAUCUAUGCGAAAUUCAGUCAGCUGCCAAAGCGACAAGUUGUCAGUCUUGUCCACCAGGCUUUGGUGUAAAAUAUAAAUGCACCAAUACCGAAGAAACGCAGUGUGUCCCCUGUCGGUCUGGAGAUACAUUUUCAACGACCUCUGAUGAUGAGACAGUGUGCAUAAAAUGUAGCGAAUGUCCAGAAAAUUCACGUUUGAUAGAAAAAUGUAAUGCAACACAUGACAUACAGUGUGCUUGUGAGAAGGGUUUCUAUAUGGACACUGAAGAGAAAUUCUGCAAGCAUUGCGAACUGUGCUCUCAUGGAUGGGGGGUAGCUAGACAGUGCUCAGCAACAAAAAACACUAUGUGCCGCAAGUGUCCACCUGGAACUUACUCUGGACUUCUUAGUGGUACCCUGGGUUGCGAGUUGUGCACCACGUGCCAUGAAAGCCAAAUUAUGCUUCAAGAAUGCACACCCAUACAAGACACUAUAUGUAUCGAUAAAAACCUUCAUCGUGGAAGACUCUUACCAACAGAUGAACGAAGAAAAGUGCCCAGUGAGGUGGUGAACUUCACCCAAAACAAUGUGAUCCCCGUCUACUGCACAAUUUUAGUGGCAGUACUGCUGGGCAUCCUUAUGUUCAUAAUGCUUCGGUGGAGACUUCAACGACAGACUCGCACGAAGGCAACUCACUGCGAUGAAGUGACUUCUAGAAUUAGCCAAGGCGGUUCAUCAGACAGUAGUAAAAGUGUACUUUUAUCAGAUUCUGACCAGUCAUUGAAAUUGGUCACUAUUCAGCCGCUGCAGCAGACAAUGAAACUGAAAGUAAAGCUUAAAGAGCUUUUCCUGGUUAAACAAAGAGAAUUAGAAGCAGCAUUAGACAUCAAACGAGAUGACGGAAAAGACUGGAGAGGAUUAUCUCGUCAGUUAGGUUAUUCCACUUCCCACAUCUCAACAUUUUAAUUCUUGGGAAAGGCCAAAUAUGGGCCUACACAUCAUCUUUUGUCCGACUGGAGUUGUUUAAAAGGGGCUACACUAGAGACUUUAACACAAGCUUUGGUAUCUUUGGAUCGAUUGGAUGUAGUUCAUCUUAUCCAGCACACGUACAAGAGAGUUUAUCCACCUCUUCAGCCAGGUUGUAUGGUGUGAAAACAAUAUCUAAAACAAGUAUAUUUUUUAUAACUUCCAAAUUUGAAGGUAAAUGUCAACAGAUCCAAUCUCUGUUAACUGUUUGAGAUAGGCUCAGUCUUGUAAUGAAAUACUCACUUUGUUUGUUUACACUUUUGGAAUCUUGGAGAUGAAACUGUAACACUAUCAAGAAUCUUGAAAGUAGUUACUUAAACAAAUGUCAUGUGUCAAAAUAACUUAGAAAUUGAGACAGUCAACUCUGCUCACAGUGAAAGUAUUAUAUAUAUUUCCAAGACUUCAUUUUGAAAAACUUGCGUUACUUGUGUGCUCAAGUAUUUCAUUACAACUAACAUUGUACAGUAUUAGUAGUUAAUAAGUAAUGAUCAAUAUAUUUUUGUUAUUGCAUGUUAGCUAGGCAAUUCAGUAUGAUGACUGCAUCUAUGAACUAGUUUUAUCCAUUAUAGUCAUUAACCCCUCCUCAGUCUUUAAUAUUAAUAACAAAAACUUCACUAUAAGUUUGAAACUUUGUCAGUGUGUAUUUAAUUAGUUUUACCCAUAUUCUAAAAAAUGAGUAUGUAAGGCACUACACAACUAUUUCUUUAUCGUAGAUUAUUACUAGAAUGUGCUGGGUAUACAAGUGUAAUUAAAUUAAUUAUAUUCUCAUGCAAUAUUAUAUUCCAAUGUAACUAUUACAAUAAUGAAUACAUUGCAAUAUCAUAUGAUAAAUUCAGAAAUUACUUUAACCAGACACCAAAAUUUUAAACACAAUUAUUGUUAAAACAACUACGUGGUAGAUAUUUUU